GUGAAAUUUGAUAUCAUUAUACCUGUAUACGUAAACCAAUGCCCGUAUUAUACGUUUACGUCACAUGGUGUACAUAUGCACCCCCCUCCUCCACCUACAAGGACUCCUGAGGCUCUCACACAGGAGAUUAUAUCCUUAGUACGCCGGGUAAACGACCCAAGCAUGACUGUUGAAUCCUUUCUGAAGUCGCCGUUCCUGGAAGGGUUCUGCCAGAACUACAAUAAACCUUCAUUUGCACAAGUACACGAGUUACUGGUAAACAUGGAUCGCCUUGCACAGGUUAUAUACCGCGAGAAGCUUAUUAUGUUUCCCUCUGGCCAGGACUUAGCUGGUGUUGAGUUUGAGAUGAAGAUGAGGCACCAGGACCCUGAAGAGGCAUAUAUUAGAGAAAUCUUCACGAACAAUAUUGGCUCCAUUGUAUUGACUAUGCGGAAGGACCAGGCUGCUGUCUUUGCAAGCCUAGAGACGUUCCAGCUAGACCUCUCCUUUAAGCGUGUAUCACAUGGCUUUCAUGAGCUUAUCUUUGCCUUCUACCAUGAGCGGCACGGAAAACUUUUUACUCUUGCCCGUAUGUAUAUCAAUUGUGAGAAGAAACGCAUCUAUCAGAAAUGCUUUGAGAUACUGUUCAAGCACCUAUCUCAAUGCGUUCAGAGAGAGAUAAGAUGGAAGCAUUUGCACCGCAAUGGAUUUAUUGGUGUUACAGUUGACAUGGAUGGGAAGCAGAUAAGUGGUUUCGGGCGAUAUCUCCAGUCUAUUGACCCCGCUGACAAUCCCUGGCAAUGGCAACUUCAGAAAACGGUUAAGUUUUGUGAGGCGCACUUUAUGCGGAGUAUCAAAACUGCAACAGGUGGUCUAGAUCCAGCCUUUGCUUCUGUACGUCAACGGAUGCGAGCACUCCUUACCUGCCAAAGCUGGGAAGAGUACGAAACUCUGUGCGUUCAAUUAAUGGAGCGGGAGAGUCCGACUGUCAGUCGCUGGGCAAAGCACAAACGCAACAGAGUGAUUGCAGCAGGGCUUAACAAAAAUAUCACAUUAAUGACUCAACGUGAUUGGAACGUCUUAGAGGAGACUUCUAAAAAUGUUAAUCAGGCUGCUAAGAAGUCAUAUUCAUUUAGAAAGGCCUUACACCUCUUGCCAGCAAUCCUAGCGGCCCAGAAGCUUGACCAGCAGGAUAUUGAUCAGUGGAACACGCGAGUGGAAAGAGAUAUACGUCAUAGCCACCGUUCUACAAGCCUUAUUUCUCAGUAUAGCACACACAUGGCUCGAGGAAGUAUGUGCACUAUCAACAUGUUCUGGAGGUGUUACUAA